CACUGUACAGUGGCUCCAGCUCCACCAGCCCAUUGGAUAUGAAUGGUCACAGUUGUCGGGGUCUGGCUUUCACCCUGGAAGAGAGACAACAGCUGAAUAUUCAUGGACUGCUACCUCCUUGUUUUCUUAGUCAAGAAGUUCAAGUUUUAAGGGUUCUUAGAAAUUUUGAAAGACAAACAUCUGACUUGGACAGAUAUAUUCUGCUGAUGAGCCUUCAGGAUCGAAAUGAAAAACUAUUCUAUAAAGUGCUGACUUCUGAUAUUGAAAGAUUUAUGCCUAUUGUUUAUACUCCCACUGUGGGUCUGGCAUGCCAACAAUAUGGUAUAGCAUUUCGGAGGCCAAGAGGACUCUUCAUCACUCCCCAUGAUCGAGGACAUGUUGAAACACUGCUUAAAGCAUGGCCUGAAGCUGUCAUCAAGGCUAUUGUGGUGACUGAUGGAGAACGUAUUCUUGGCCUUGGAGACCUUGGUUGUUAUGGAAUGGGCAUCCCAGUGGGUAAACUAGCACUUUACACAGCAUGCGGAGGAAUGAAGCCCCAGGAGUGUCUGCCUGUUAUGCUUGAUGUGGGAACUGACAAUGAGGAGUUGCUAAAAGAUCCUUUGUACAUUGGGUUGAAACAUAAACGAAUCAGAGGCCAAGCUUAUGAUGAUCUUCUUGACGAAUUUAUGCAAGCUGUGACUUCCCGGUAUGGCAGAAACUGCCUCAUUCAGUUUGAGGAUUUUGCUAAUACAAAUGCAUUCCGUCUUCUGAAUAAAUAUCGCAACCUAUACUGCACUUUCAACGAUGACAUUCAAGGAACAGCAUCAGUGGCUGUUGCUGGACUUCUUGCUGCUCUACGGAUUACUGACAACAAACUGUCAGAUCACAAAAUACUGUUCCAGGGAGCAGGCGAGGCAGCUCUGGGGAUUGCCAAUCUGAUUCUUAUGGCCAUGGAAAAGGAAGGGACACCGAAAAAGGAAGCCAUCAAAAAGAUAUGGAUGGUUGAUUCCAAAGGAUUAAUUGUAAAGGGCCGUGCCUCACUAACAGCUGAGAAGGAACAGUUUGCCCAUCAACAUGAAGAGAUGAAAAAUCUAGAAGAUAUUGUUAACAGUUUAAGGCCAACUGCUCUUAUAGGAGCUGCUGCCAUUGGUGGUGCAUUUACAAAAAAGAUUAUCCAGGAUAUGGCUUCCUUCAACAAGAGGCCAAUUAUUUUUGCUCUCAGUAACCCAACUAGCAAAGCAGAAUGCUCUGCUGAGGACUGCUACACUCUAACUGAAGGGCGUGGCAUUUUUGCAAGCGGAAGCCCUUUUGAUCGUGUCACUCUUCCAGAUGGACGUACAUUUAUUCCUGGACAGGGUAACAAUGCUUGUUUUCCAGGAGUCGCCCUUGGAGUUGUUGCAUGUGGAAUAAGACAUAUAAGUGAAGAAAUUUUCCUCACAACUGCAGAGGUCCUAUGUCAACAGGUCUCAAAUAAACAUUUAGAGGAGGGUCGUUUGUAUCCACCUUUAGUUUCAAUUCAAGAUGUCUCUCUAAAAAUUGCUGUAAAAAUUGCAGAGAAUGCCUACAGCAACAAGACAGCCACUUUCCACCCUGAGCCAGAAGACAAGGAAGCAUUCAUCCACUCCCAGGUUUAUAGCACUGACUAUGAAAGCUUUCUGACAGACUCUUACACCUGGCCCCAAGAAGCCAUGAAAAUUCAGACUGGGAACUUUUAACAGAAAGACAGCAGCACUGCAACAAUACUGGAAGCACUCAGAUAUUUGUUAGCUUUCAACUUUUGUCAAAUCAUAGCACACAAUUUGCCAGAACUCAGGAUAUAUAUGUUUUCCUUUCUAGCAGCACUGAAUACUUUUUAAAGCCAUGAAAUUUUGGUAGAAUUGUUACAGUUCUUUCACUUUACGCUAAUUAAUUAAGCUAAAAUAGCACAUGCCUAAGAGAAUAAAAAUCAAUUUAGCCAGUUUUUAAAUAUUUCUUUUGAAUGGGCUCUGCUAAAUUUACUACAGAGCAGUACUGUAAAAGCAUAUUUAAAAUGUACUUUUCAUAUACUUGGACAUCUGUAUGAAAUUAUGGUCAUAUAUUACAGUUCUGCGAUUAAGUUCAGAUGAAAAAAUAUUGCAAACAAAUGACAAAGCAAUAUAUCAUCAGUAUGAUCAGUUUAAAA